AUGUCACCGCAACCCCCACAAGAUCAGCCACCCGCUAUUCGUAUAGUACCUCAUAUAGAGGGCCCUCGUUCCCUGCAUUUUGAUAUCAUCGAGCGAGAAAUCCCCGAAGGAGUCGUCAUAAAAAUUGGUCGUUUUACAGAUAAAGCUCAUGUUCCUAACAGAGUUACUUUUAAAAGUAAAGUUGUAUCCAGGGGCCAUGCAGAAAUUUGGUGUGAAGGUGGAAAGUUUUUCAUUAGAGACACGAAAUCUUCAUCCGGCACAUUCCUUAAUCAUAAUAGAUUGUCUGCUCCAGGCCUUGAAAGCAAAGCAAUCCCGUUAAAAGAUGGUGAUGUUGUUCAGCUUGGAGUUGAUUAUCAAGGAGGAACAGAAGAAAUUUAUCGAUGUGUAAAGAUGCGCAUAGAAUUAAAUCGUUCAUGGCAAAGACAAGUUAACCCAUUCAAUCUAAAUGCUUUGAAACAAUUCAAACAAUUGACUAGUCCAGACGGGUUCAAACCAACUACAGAUUGUUGUAUUUGCUUAUGUGGUAUUGGCCCCUGCCAAGCAUUAUUCCUUGCACCUUGCUCUCAUGUGUUCCAUUAUAAGUGUAUACGACCACUUUUAGUUAAUUAUCAUCCGGGCUUUUUAUGUCCUCUCUGUCGAAGUUUUGCAGAUUUAGAUGCACCUAUUGAUAACCCAGUUGAUUGGAAACAAUUGCUUGCUGAACAAGAGGAAGCUGAGAAAAAACAAAACGAGGAAGCUUUAAAAAGUGAAACGAAUGAACAAAGUACCCAGGAACAAAUUACUGAAAUAAAUCACAAUAAUAUUCCUUCGACUUCACAACUAACAAAUACAGUAGAAAGCUUAAACACAAAUAAGGACGAAAAGAUACAAUUAAGUAGCCAUCUUAUGUCACAAGAAGAAAUUAAUAAGUUUGGUCGAUCCUCCGUUUCGACGACACCUGCUCCAUCAUCAUCAUAUUUUCCGGUUCCCAUACCUCCAAGAAACCGAAAAACAUCAAAUUCUUCAGAUGAAGGUGAUGAUCCCAAUUCAAUGCUAAGCCGCACAUUACCGUCAAGCCCUCCAUCAGUUCAAAUUAUGCCUUUUCUCGAUGAAAGUAUUGAUAAUGGCUCAUCAGCACAAUCAAGUCAUCAAUUAUUAAGAGAACAAGCUGGAUCACCUAGACUUGGUGAAAUUGCCGAAGAGGAUGAAGGCACGAUGAGCUCAUCUUCAAACCCUUCUGGUCAAAGUCAAAAUCAUGGAACGCACGAUUCUAGUUCUUCGGCAAGUUCGAGUGAUAAUGAUGACGAUGGUGUGCCAAUAGGAUUAUUAAGAUCAAACGUGAAUGGUCACAACGAGGAUGAUAUCAGUAAUGGAUAUGUUGAAUUAUCAUCAAAUGAACAGGCGGCAAGUUCGCGAGUAAAAGGAAAAGGAGUUGAUCGGUUAGGAAUUGAUGAGAAUGAGAGGGAAAAUGUUUCAUGA